UUAUCACAUUAUGCCAAUUAGAUCGAGCGAAUUAGCGAGACAUGGGUGGCUGGAUUCAGGCUUUCCGAGCUCCGUCCGUCGCGGAUUUACUUGACGAACGACUGGAGAUUAAAAAACGGUUUCAAGGAGGUUACUUUCGAAACUUCUGUAGAGAUGUACUGAAGUGUGGUCCGACGCCGAGACACAUUGCCAUCAUCAUGGACGGAAACAGACGCUUUGCGCGCAAGAUGCGAUAUGCGAAGGUCGCCGAGGGGCACGCCAUGGGCUUCGAAAAGCUCGCCGAGUCGUUGGAGUGGUGUUAUGACGUGGGUGUGAGAGAGGUGACCGUGUACGCUUUUAGUAUCGAGAAUUUUAAGCGGAGUGGUGAGGAGGUGGACGGAUUAAUGGAGUUGGCUCGCAAGAAGUUCACGGAGUUGCUUGAGGAGAGGGAACUGAUUCAGAAGCAUGAAGUUUGUAUUCGGGUUCUGGGUGACUUGGAGAUGCUGCCACGAGAUGUGCAAGAGAUUGUUGCAAAGACAAUGACUAUGACAAGAAACAACAAGAGGGCUAUUUUGAACGUUUGUUGUGCAUACACGUCUCGUCACGAAAUGGCUCACGGUGUCAAGCAGCUAGCAUGGGGAGUUGAAGAGGGACUGCUGCUACCAUCAGACAUCACUGAAUCUUUAUUAGAACGAUGUUUCUACACCAGUGAAUCUCCUGAUCCUGAUUUGCUAAUUCGAACUUCUGGCGAAGUACGUCUCAGUGACUUUUUACUGUGGCAGAGCUCAUUCAGCUGUCUAAGCUUUCUGAAGACUCUAUGGCCUGAAUUCUCAGUUUGGGAUCUCUAUUUUUCUAUCCUGAUGUAUCAGAGAACCUUUUCUCACAUACAGGCAAUGAAACAGCAGCACAUGGAGAAGGUGCUUCAACAUCAGCAAGCAUUGGAUCGUGAAUGUGUGCUACAGCAAGAAGCAGCAUCGAAGAUCGACUCAUUGAGUGAGAAACAAGGUAGAAGUGUAGAGAGUGAAGAGGACCUGCACCGCCAAGUUGAGACAUAUGCUGCAGAACGUGAAGCAAGAUGUAAACAUUUCAUAGAAGUGCUAAUACAGAGAAGACAAUCGUUUCUUGAUAAACUAUUGCCUAAUACGGACGAGUGAAAGAGGUUGACAUUCCUUGAAAUACACAAUACACAAUACACUUUGUUACCAAG